ACAACAUUUACAGGUUGCACGAAAUCCCUGGGUUAUCAACCGAUCCACUCCCUCCUGCAUAUUGUUUGCCCAAUUAAGUCACGCUCUGAUGCGAGCAUCCAUGACUUCAGGUCAUUGAAUUAGAAGCACAGCAGAAAUGCGGUAAAAUCGCCAGCGGUUUGCUGAAAGAUGAUUUUACCCAUUUAAAUAUACAAGAUUCUGCAGGCAGAGCCACAGUAUAAAUAUGGUGCCCCAAUCUCGGCUAGCCCAAGGAACCAGGCAUGGUUCUUUGAGAAAGAGCCUUAGAGGUGAAGCUACAUAAUCUGGCUUAUCCCCUCGGGACUGAUCGGAUCAUGAUGAAAGCAAGUGGCUGGAAGCCAACUUCAAUUCACUAUUCUCUUCUUAAAAGAUGACGGUCUAUCUACCGCACUAAUUCUAUUUUUCCCCGUUAGUAUCUUUCAGGAUAAUUUUCAACUUCUAGCCUCUUCCCAGUACCUUCCACAUUCGUUCAAACCACCAAGGAUAACAGAUCAAGCAACGCAAUGAUGCCGAAACAAGCUGGUAAGAGUUCUCCGCGUGAGUAUAGAGCUCUUCACAUUCAGUACGCAUGAAACUAAGACGCGUACAGAAACUUCACUCGUUUCGCCAGUCUCGCCGCCAGAACCAGAGCCAGUUCCCAUCCCGUCAGCGUAUGGUCGCAAUGUAUCAUACAAUCACACUAGCUCACCCAAUGAUACCAAAGUCCAAGUACCUCCUGCUCAUGCAAACGAAAAGCAUCAAGGCAACGUCGAUAUCGCCUUGAAUUAA